GUAUGGCGUGGCCGGACAGGCCCGGAAGGACUUUGGGUGGACCGGACUGUGAAAGCUUUGGGGCAGAGGGGGAGGAGAAGCCUCCACUAGCAACUAACCUCAGCUUCCUAAACUCAGCAGAAAGGUUUGCAGUACGAGGGAGUGAGGACCCCGAGUCCAUCAGCUCAACCCCAGCCCCGCCCCGUCCGUUGGCCCUGGCCCCAGGCUGGGAGGAGAGGAUGCCUUCGGAGGCGCAGAAUCCGAAAAUAUGGAUCAACUCAUAAACAACUUGAAGGUCCAACUUAAUUCAGAAGGUGGCUCAAUGCAUGUAUUCAAACAGGUCACUGGCUCUGUUCAGAUCAGAGAUCCCCCAAAGACAGCAGGCAGAGGUAAUAUGACAUCUCUACCACUUCUGGAUGCCAAUCCCAUGGAGAACCCAGCACUGUUUAAUGACAUCAAGAUUGAGCCCCCAGAAGAACUUCUGGCUAAUGAUUUCAGCCUGCCCCAGGUGGAACCAGUAGACCUCUCCUUUCACAAGCCCAAGGCUCCUCUCCAACCUGCCAGCAUGCUACAAGCUCCAAUACGUCCUCCCAAGCCGCAGCCUACUCCCCAGACUCCUGUAGUGUCCACUUCGGCAUCUGAUACAGGCACUUUAGCAAACAUCCCUGCCGUUCUGACUCCAGGCUCUAUUCUGGCCUCCUCUCAGGGCACUGGUGGCCAGCAGAUCUUUCAUGUGAUUCACACCAUCCCCUCAGUCAGUCUGCCAAAUAAAAUGAGUGGUGGCCUGAAGACCAUCCCAGUAGUGGUACAAUCGCUGCCCAUGGUGUAUACUACUUUGCCUGCAGAUGGGAACCCUGCAGCCAUUACAGUCCCACUCAUUGGAGGAGAUGGCAAAAAUGCUGGAUCAGUGAAAGUUGACCCCACGUCCAUGUCUCCACUGGAAAUCCCAAGUGACAGUGAGGAAAGCGCAAAUGAAAGUGGAUCGUUGGCCUUACAGGGACUACAGCAAGAACCAGCAGCAAUGACCCAAAUGCAGGGAGAAGAGUCCCUUGACUUGAAGAGAAGACGGAUUCACCAAUGUGACUUUGCAGGAUGCAGCAAAGUAUACACCAAAAGCUCUCACCUGAAAGCCCACCGCAGAAUCCAUACAGGAGAGAAGCCUUAUAAAUGCACCUGGGAUGGCUGCUCCUGGAAAUUUGCUCGCUCAGACGAGCUUACCCGCCAUUUCCGCAAGCACACAGGCAUCAAGCCCUUCCGGUGCACAGACUGCAACCGUAGCUUUUCUCGCUCUGACCACCUGUCCCUGCACCGCCGGCGCCAUGACACCAUGUGAGCUCCACAGUCGCACUAGAAGAGCUGCCCUGGUCUCAUUCCUGCGUGUGUGCUGAGUCCUGACCAUCUUUUCCUCUUUGACUCCAGCUUGCCUCUGGAUGGUAUUGGAGCAGCUCAGGAGCCAAGUUGAUGAGACUGGAGGAAAAGAUAGCUGAUUUCCCAUGGUGGUUCCUCAUAUUCCAUCUUCACCUCUCCUCCACAUAGGUUUAAUAAAAAGUGUGGCAUCCAUGGUCAGAGAUGGGAUGUUUUUCCUACAAUAACAAAACAGGAAUCCAACUCAAGGCUGUGAACAAACAUAUGCUGCUUUUUUCCUGUUGUUUUUUUUCUUCUUCUAGAAUUCUUAUCCAUAUAUAUAUUUUUUUUUGAAUCUGUACUUAAAAGUGGUUGGUAGUGUUUUAAAAUGACUUUUUUUCAAGUUCCUAGACAGAAGAGGGCAUAACAGUGUAGUUCAUUGGUAGAAUAGACUUGGGUCCUUAGCAUAGGACACAUUCUCAGUGAAUAAACUGAGUCCCAUAGAAAACACAAAGGUUUUGCAAACCCAAUCCUAUUUGUUCUUACAGCUUGGUUUUCACACAGUGCAGGCACUUCUGCUUCUUAAGUCCAUCGAAGGAAAUGAAGGGAUCUUUUUGUCUGUCUCCUCCUCCUUCUUUCUCUUCCUCCUUCAAGAUUAAAGAUUUUACAGCACAAUCACAAUUUUUCUUAGGUUAAAUAUUAAUUAGGACAAAUAUUCAAAGCACACAUUGACAUGCCAGUAGGGUGAAGGGUGUUUCAGGAGAGUGUGUUGGACCAUGACAGGAAGAAGCAGAACCAGGAUAAUCCUGAAAACAAAUAGAGGGGGACUUUCACUUGGAUAUCACAAACCUCAUUCAAAUGGCAGCCUGUCGAGAUAGUGUUUUGAGGGGCUGCACUGUACUGUUUAUUCUUUGUUUACAUAAAGCAACUAUUAUGAGUAUAAUGCAUGAUGAGAAAUCAUACACUGGGGCCAUGUUAUAGAAAAGUGAGGGGUUGUAAGAAAAAUAUUUGUUCAUUCCAUGGCAUUAUUAGCAUGUAUUCCUGUGUUUCAAUUGGAAUAUAAGAGGCUUUUAGUGAAAACUGAAAUACAGAAAGCAAUUUGAUGUUCUGCAACUGCUAUGAGCACCUAUGCCAUUUCUUUUAGCCAUUACAGAAUGUUGCAUAAUACACACAUUUGGUUACCAAAUUUGACUGUUUCAUAAUAGUCUCUGCAACAUAAAACCCUGUGUCCCAGGCUCUGGACCUCAGAUCUACCUCCACAUGUCAUAUUUCCUCUCUCCAGGGAGAGGAGGAGUUUGCAUUACUUAACUUUGGACUCAACCUCUCUCCUAAAGGUUGUAUUCAUAUGGAGCCCCCUUUCCUUGACAGAAAUUCAACUAGUCUUGGCUUAAAUACUUUAGGUUACUACCUCCCAAGGAUUAUCCAUUCUGAAUAAGUCAUAAAAUUCUAACAACAGUAAGGGAUCCUAAUAACCAUCUAGUCCUACCCAUCAGUCAUAUUUUACAGAUGAGACAAAUACGGGUCAGAUUCUUUCCGCAGAUGUUUCCUUGAGGCCUUAUAGACCUGCAUACCCAUUCUCCCAGGGAUCACAUUAUUAAAGCAAAUUAGAGAAAACUUGACAUGAUUGGUUGCAGUAUUUGUCCAAUUUUAUGUUAUACUUCAGAAAACAGACCACUCAGUUGAUUAAAAAGUAAAGUGUUCCUGUGGUCAUGGACAUAUAACACUAGGCACACAAUUUUUCUCUUCUAAAAUUUUUCUCUUUCUUUACUUUCUGUAAUAUCUCAGAAUUUAUUUACCUCAUUUAAACAUACGAUGUCCAGAUCAUAAAGCUUUAUAAAUUCAAGGCCUGCCUGUAUCAUUCAAAACGACAUGUGGAUAUUUACCCUUCUCAUUGUUAUUUUGAAAUAGACUUUCCUCUGACUUUUGGUGUGUAAGUUCCACACUGUAGACUAAAAGGGAACUUUUAUGUAGCUCUAAGAUUGUUAAAGGUGAAUUAACACCUUGAUAUGGUAUUUCACAGUAGAGUCCAAGGACCCAUUUUCUCCAGAGUUUGGAUCCUGAGACUCCCUUUUCCAGAGUUCAUAUCUGUCUUGUGCCUCCCAUGCCUCAGUAUCUUUUGCAUUGGAGCAUAUAAUCUAUUAAUAAAUAAAGGCUAUCGAACGUACUAUUGUACUAACCAGGAUGAUCAAAUUAAAUUUCCAAAUAUUGAUAUCUCUGACACCCUUAAGCCUGUAUUCAAAAAUUUUCCUGCAAAGUAAUGAGGGACUUUGUUACUGCUUUAUUAAUAGUCCCAUCCAAAUGAUGAUAAAAAUCAUUACAUCUUUUUCAAGAAAUGUGUCAAAAUUUAUGAGUAUUUCAUACCAUACAGGGAUUCAAAUACAGUACAAUAUAGUACUGCACCAAAAGCACAAAUAAUUUUGUUAAACAGACUGUGAGAUGAAAAGGAACUGUAGCUCUUAAGUAGCCUUGUUCAAUGGGGUUAGAUAAUAUCCAGGGAUUUGUUGCAGUGGAGUUCCUCCAUCUAUAGAUAAUUGUCAGUCGAACAUAACUAUUGAUGAUUAUAAUUGGAAAAUUCAGGAAAGACUAAAGAAUGUGAACUGGUUGGUUAGAUUAGGUGGAAAGAAUUGUGGGUAAGACAGAAAGGCUUGUGAGGGUAACUUCUUUUUAAAUAAAAUGUUUAUUUUAGAACAGUUAUAGAUUUACAGAAAAUUUGUAAAGAUUCUACAGAGAGUUUCCCUAUACCCUACAUCCAGUUUUUCCUAUUAUUAACAUCUUUCUUUAGUAUGGCACAUUUUUUUAUAAUUAAUGAAGUAAUAUUGCUACUUUAUUAAUUGAAAUCCAAACUAUGUUUAAAUUUCCUUAAUUUUUACCUAAUACCCUUUUUUUUGUUCCAGCAUCCCAUUCAAGAUACCACAUCACAUUUAGUGCUCUAAUCUUCUUGGGCCUCUCUUGAUUGUAGCAGUUUCUCAGAUUUUCCUUUUUCCUUAUGAUCUUGACAGUUUUGAGGAGUAUGUCCCUCAAUUGAGAUUUGUCUGAUAUUUUUCUUAUUAAAUUGAGGUUAUGAGUUUAUAGGAGGAAGACCAUAGAGGUAAACUGCUAUUUUCAUCACAUCUCAUUAGCGUGACUUAAUCCGUGAUGUUAACCUUGAUUAUCUGGCUGAGAUAGUGUUUGUCAGCUUCCUCCUCUGUAGUUUCUCCCCCACAUUCCAUACUGUACUCUUUGGAAAGAAGUCAUUAUAUACAGCCUACACUUAAGGAAUGGGAAGUUGUGCACCACAUCCUUGAGUGUAAGUAUCUAAAAAAAUUAUUUGGAAUUCUGCGUGGGAAAUUUGACUCUUCUUCAUUUAUUUAUUUAUGCAACAAUUUACUUGUGUCAGUAUGGACUCACAUUGACUUUAUACUUUGGGUUAUAAUCCAAUAAAAACUUAUUUUGUAUGCUCAAAUUGUUCCAGAUUUGGCCAUUGGAUGCUCUUUUGGGUUGACUCCUAAGUCCUUUUUACAUACUCCCAUCAUUUGUUUUUUAGCAUAUACUUAUUUGCUGGCACUACAAGAUGCUCCGGGUUCAUCUUGUAUAUUUUUUGGCCCACUUCUAUAAUCAGCCAUUUCUUUAAGGAGCCCUGACUCCUUUUAAUGGAGAAUUGUGCUAGAAACCAAGAUCUAGGCAUUAGGUAUGCUUAUCGCUACUGGGGUAUUGUUGCUUCUAGGCCAUCUCAGCUGACAAAGCAAGAAAAUAUAUGCGUGUACACUAACUCAUGUAUACAUACACAUAUCUACAAAUAUUUCUAUAUGUAAUCUUCCAUAUCUUAAUUAAGCUAAACGUGAGUUCAUACUGAUGUUGCCAACACCAGUCCAUCACCAAAUGUAUCAUUAUAGCCUUUCCCUUUGCUUAUCUGUAACUUCCCGCUCAAACAGUAAGAAACCUGUUUCCCACACUCUGACAUCUAUUUGCUUAAUUGUGCAAUUCUAGUAUAAAUGUGUAGCAAUAUCUGAAUUGUCAAUCUGUACACUGAGGAUGACAACUAGAACACAGUGCUUAUGUGCGUGACAGUAACAUUUUUAAAACUCCAACAACUCUUUGAAACAAAAGUGAUCUGCAAAAUUUAGGAAUUAGGGAUUUCUAUGAUCUUGGUUCCAGGAAUUUGGGAAUCUAUUCUGCCCCCCAAAGUUUCCUCAAGAACCAAACCAUUGGGAAUUGAGCUAACCCUGAAUAAGCCUAGGGAAAUUAUUGAUCCCCCAUAGUGUGCUAAUAUUUACAUUGAGAGAUGGACACAGAAGAAAGUGGGUGUGCCCAGUUUAAAAUAAAACAUAGCACUAUCCUUUCUCACUGGCAAAUAUAGCUCUCUGACAUUAAGGGUGCUACCACCCUAAGUUACCUCUCUUCCAUGUUUUCCCAUCUCUCACUUGGUUGACCUUAGGCAAGUCACAUCACCUCUCUGUGCCUCAGUUAACCCAUCUGUAAAAUGGAGAUCUAAAUAUCUACCUCACAGGAAUGUUGUGAGGAUUCUUAUUAAUGGAUGUUGGCAACAAUGAUGGGAUAUCCAUAAAUGAAUAAAAAGUAUGCUCAUCGCUAUGAUGAUAAUUAUAGUACCCUGUAUUUACCCUAGAAAAGGGAGAGGAUUAGGCUUUCUGGGUGAUAUAGAGCUAAAUUUGAGUCAGUAACAAGGAUAAUUGAAGAGUAGUCACUGGAAGCAAUAUUAUUUCCUCUCCUACUGUCACUUUUCCUACAUUCUCUUUAUUACUAACUAUAAGAUUCUCAUCUGUUUCCAGACUCAAAGCAUAUUAGGGCCUAAAGGGAUAGGUAGGCAAAAUCCAUUGCUUCAAAGCUCCUUUCUUCCCCUUUCCUCACUCUGCCUGGACCACAUUACAUGUCACCCUGUCAGAAGCACAAAGGUAAUUUCCCAGAGCCCUUCAGAGACUAGUCAGUUCUACUUCACCAGUUACAUUUUUCUCUUUCCCCACUUACUGUACCCUGAGCAGUAUAGGUAGGAGGGAAGUGAGGUGGGAUGGUUGGGGAGGGAGUGGGGUGGAAGAGGAUGCGAUUUAUACCAGUGGUAGGAUAUUUCUUUAUUUCUCAAACUCUGGUUUCACCUUCCAUUUCCUUUUCUGAUGGUAAAUUGAGGGCAGGAGGAGAGAGAUUAUUUUGUUAACUGUUAAAAAACUCUUUCCCUUCCAGUAGAUGUCAGUAGUUGUGUUGGACAUUACUUUUUAAGUAUGUUGUAUGCAUUGCUGUUUUCAUUGUAUUUCUAAAUAAAAAGAGGAAGAGAAUCCC